UCUGUUUUCUCCUACAGUGAUCUCAGUAUGAACAACAUUACUAAGCUGCCCUCAAACUCUGUGCACAAUCUCCGCUUCCUGGAAGAGCUACGUCUUGCAGGAAAUGGCUUGACAUACAUUCCUAAGGGAGCAUUUGCUGGCCUUUUCAGUCUUAAAGUGCUGAUGCUGCAGAAUACCCAACUACACCAGGUUCCUGCUGAAGCACUUCAGAAUUUGCGCAGCCUCCAGUCUCUACGUCUGGAUGCCAACCACAUCAACUAUGUGCCCCCCAACUGCUUCAGUGGUUUGGUCUCCCUUAGACACCUGUGGCUAGACGAUAAUUCUUUGACAGAAAUUCCUGUCCAAGCUUUUAGAAGUUUACCGGCACUACAAGCGAUGACGCUGGCACUGAAUAAAAUUCAUCACAUACCAGACUAUGCUUUUGGAAACCUCUCUAGUCUGGUAGUUUUACAUCUCCAUAACAAUAGAAUCUACUCCCUGGGAAAGAAAUGCUUUGAUGGGCUCCACAGCCUAGAGACUUUAGACUUAAAUUACAACAGUCUGGACGAGUUCCCCACUGCUAUCAGGACACUGACAAACCUAAAAGAAUUGGGAUUUCAUAGCAAUAACAUCAAGUCAAUACCUGAGCGUGCAUUUGUGGGCAAUCCUUCACUUAUUGCAAUACAUUUUUAUGAUAACCCUAUCCAGCUUGUUGGAAAAUCUGCUUUUCAACACUUACCAGAACUCAGAACUUUGACUUUAAAUGGUGCUUCACAGAUAACAGAGUUUCCUGAUCUGACUGGGACUACAAGUCUGGAGAGUCUGACACUCACAGGAGCACAGAUCACCUCUCUGCCCAAAUCAGCUUGUGACCAGUUACCUAACCUCCAAAUGCUGGAUCUGUCUUACAAUCUGCUGGAAGAUUUACCCUCUUUUACUGCAUGUAAAAAGCUCCAAAAAAUCGACUUGCAUCACAAUGAAAUCGAUGAAAUUAAAGCAGACACUUUUCAGCAGCUGGCUGCUCUGCGUUCUCUGGAUUUAGCUUGGAACAAAAUUAAAAUUAUUCAUCCCAAUGCAUUCUCUUCUUUACCAUCUCUGAUCAAACUGGAUGUGUCAUCCAACCUUUUGUCCUCUUUUCCUGUGACGGGGCUGCAUGGUUUAACUCAUUUAAAAUUAACAGGAAAUCGUGCCCUACAAAGUUUGAUAUCAUCUGAAAAUUUUCCAGAACUCAAGGUCAUGGAAAUGCCUUAUGCUUAUCAGUGCUGUGCCUUUGGAGUUUGUGAGAGCCACUACAAAAUCUCCAACCAUUGGAACAAAGAUGAGAACAGCAGCAUUGACGAUUUUCACAGGAAGGAUGCUGGAUUGUUACAAAUUCAAGAUGAACGUGACUUUGAAGAUUUUCUUCUUGACUUUGAAGAGGAUUUGAAAGCUCAUCAUUCAGUGCAAUGUUCGCCUUCUCCAGGUCCCUUCAAACCAUGUGACCAUCUGUUUGGUAGCUGGCUGAUCAGAACUGGAGUGUGGACCAUAGUGGGUUUGGCCUUUAUUUGCAAUGCACUGGUGACUGCUACAAUCUUCAGAUCUCUGCUGUAUAUUUCCUCCAUAAGACUUCUAAUUGGUUUAAUAUCCAUUGUAAACGCCUUGAUGGGUCUAGCCAGUGGAAUAUUAGCCAGUGUGGAUGCAUCAACUUUUGGUAGCUUUGCUCAGUACGGAGCAUGGUGGGAAAGUGGAAUUGGUUGCCAGAUAACUGGCCUUCUGUCCAUUUUUGCUUCAGAGGUUUCCAUUUUCCUCCUUACCCUUGCCACACUCGAACGUGCAUUUUCUGUAAAGCAUGCUACAAAGUUUGAAACAAAAUCUUCUACUGCUAGUGUAAAAAUAGCCAUUUCUUUUUGCUUUAUGUUGGCGCUAGUCAUUGCAGUGAUACCACUCCUCAGUGGAAGGGAAUAUGGAGUUUCUCCACUUUGUUUACCAUUGCCGUUUGGAGAACCCACUGCUAUGGGCUACAUGGUAGCACUGGUAUUGCUGAACUCCCUUUGUUUUCUAGUAAUGACUAUUGCUUAUACAAAGCUCUAUUGCAGUUUAGAAAAGGGAGAACUAGACAACGUUUGGGAUUGCUCUAUGGUGAAACACAUAGCCUUGCUACUUUUUACUAACUGCAUUCUUUAUUGCCCUGUGGCCUUCUUAUCUUUCUCCUCCUUACUCAAUCUCACUUUUAUCAGCCCAGAAGUGAUUAAAUCAAUACUGCUAGUGAUUGUUCCACUGCCCGCAUGCCUAAACCCACUCCUUUAUAUACUUUUCAAUCCCCACUUCAAGGAGGACCUCGGAGGUCUACGAAAGCAAACUUUCUUGUGGAGGAGAUCAAAACACACUAGUCUGAUCUCUGUGAAUUCAGAAGACAUAGAAAAACAAUCCUGUGACUCAACACAAGCACUGGUAACCUUCACAAGUGCCAGCAUAUCAUAUGACAUGCCUACCAGCAAUUCACUAAUGCCAUCAUCUUAUCAAAUGACAGAAAGCUGUAAUCUUUCAUCAGUAGCAUUUGUUCCAUGUCGCUAGUUUCAGUGGCAAUGCAGAAAGUAUCUAUGUUUACAAAAAUUUUAAUCUCAAAAGUAAGUAUGAGUGUGUGUAUACAAGCUAGAGAAUGGCUCUAAACUAUUGUUACAUGAAUCACAAAAACAGAUCAUCACAAAACUUGCAGCAAGCUGAAAAUCCAAUACAUGAGCCUUCUCAGCCUCUUUAGAAAAUGCUGGGAUGAAAAGAGAAACUGAGAGUUGCCAGAGUUCAUGCAGUUGUAUCAACUGUUCUCUUUUAAAGUGGCACUACUCAGAAAAGGCAUCUGUUCGUCAAGAGCAAAAAUACUAUGUUAAACUGGUAAGCUUUUUCUUCAGAGCAUUACCUGGUAGAGUUUAUGUUUUGGGAUUUUUUUUUUCCCUAUUUGAUAUCAUUUGCUCUUCCUACUUCUUCAGUUCCAUGAUUGUUUUCUUUUAAGUGUCUGUGUAUGGCCCUGAUUCAGCAAGGUAUUUAAGUGAAAGAGUAAUCCUGUUGAAGUCCUAAAGGUUUCUGGAAAAUAGACAGUGAUGAAGCUCCAUGUUUUAUUGAUAAUGCUUUUAAUUUAAUAAUUUAGUUGCUUCUAGGUUUGUUUUAUAGAAGUCAUCUGACUUGACUUUAACUGUCAGCUAAAACAAUACAAAAUUAACAUGACGGGAAAGAAGUUAAUCAAAAUCCUACUAAGUGGCUAAAAUGUAAUUGUUAAUGGCAAGCCACUGUCACAUGGACAUUUUUCUAGUGAGGUUCGGCACAGUUUGAUCACGACUUACUGUCAUGCUGGUAGAAUUAUUUCCAGAAUUACUGCUGAUAAAUUUGGCAGAUGACUCUUAAAAUUCGGGAGUGGAAAGCACUACAUGGAAAAUCAAUACAGAACGUUGGGUGUGCUGAGUGCAAAUAAAUGAUACCAGAGGUACUCACUUAGAAACAUUCAAGUCAUUUGUCUAGGAACAAAAGCUGUAAUCCUACUAUUGGUGUGAUCUCUGUCCUGCGAAGCAGUGAUUGUGGAAGGCCUCUAGUUCAUGGUUGCUAGCCAAUUGAAGAGUUAUCCAAGGGGACACAAUGCUCUCUAAUUACAGACCAGGGAAUAUCAAGUAGGAGUUAAAAGGUUGUAUGAUCUGUGUCCUUACCGCUGACGCAAACAGUACUGGAAUAUUUCACACAGUGCUUGCACCCACAUGCUGUGAAGAACUUUGAAAAACUGAAAAGGAUUUAAAUACCAUAAAUGUAAAAAGCAGGUUAUCAAAGAAGUGAUUUGAUCACAGUUUACUAGCAGCUACUAAGAAAUUAUUGAGUUUGAGAGGAACAGUCUAGUCAAUCAAGAGGAGAAGAAUCUAAUAAGAUCUACUGGAAGUUGUCGUUAGGGAUAUACAGCAUAGAAAUAAAGGUGCAAAUUGUUGACAGUGAUGGCAGUUGGUGAUUGGAACUGCUAAGGCUUAGGGGGAACCAAGUAUACGUAAAUUCCGAUUGGAUUUAUUCUCGAAAAGAGGUAGUGGAGGAGCUGUUGGAAAUCAGGGAAGUUUCAUGGCUUUAGAUAAGGAGAAGGGUAGAUUAGAACACAGAGUUCCUCUCUAGCUUUAAAUCUGUUAAUACUUUGCCGAAUCAAGGCAUAUACAUUUACAUAUGCCAGAAGCAUCCCAAUUACAGCCUACUGUCAAAAUAUUUCAGACAGCAGAGCCACCUUUAUUUUCCUAGAUUAGUCUUUGACCUUGACUAAGCCACCUGGGGAAAUUCCAAUAUUCUUUUGUCAAAGUUGGCAUAUUUUCAGACCAUUUAAGAUACAGAAGUGCACAAAUUUGGAAAUUUUUUUGUUGUUAAAAAUAGUUCUCCAAGCAAUAACGUUUAAUAGCCCAGCACUUGUUUCUCAGUUAAUGGCCACUCAAUCUCCAGGUGCACAAGCAAUUUUUGAACAUUACCAAGGUUAGGCUAGCCCAGUAAUUAAGAUGAUUUCUGUUGUUCAUCUGUUAUUAUGUACAUAACUUCCUGGCACUCAAAGGAUGGAUUUUCCUAAUGAAGAAUCUGUUGCCAGCAAUGGACAUGCCUUGAUUUUCUUCUCCACUCACACUGGCUUAUUUUUAGUUUUGCAUUUACAGAUGGCAUCAGUUGACUUUGGCAUGUUCAUCCUUCAGGAAAAAAAAAAAUGAACAAAUGCAGAAAUUAUGUAUGAUAAAGUCAGCUGUGUACUUAUCUCGAUCCUUUAUCUCCUGUGGCUUUUGAAGCAGUGCAGCAUACAGCUGGAGAAUGAUGCCUGAAACCACUUUGGAUUAAACAGAGGAUCAGUCAACCAUUGCACAAUACCUAUUACCAUGUUUACUUAGCUUUAUUUUAACUAGGAUCCAUCUGUGCUGCACUGCUUAAUGUCAGUGAAAUUCCUUUCAGCUCGCUAUAUUUAAGAAGUUUGUAAAGUGAUUUGAGAAGCAAAAUAAUGUUAUAUUUCUAAAGACUAGUUUAAGAAAGCUUCUUUUAUCAGAACUUUUUUAGCUUGCAGAAAGUCCUAAAGGCUUUGUCUUAUUUUUAUAAGCAUGUUUGAAAUAUUUUGAUCAGAUAUUUUAAACUUGAAAUUGUUAAAAUUCAUUUAAUAGAUUUUUAAAGUAAAAUGUGUAAAUAUAGAACUGUAUUUAUUAUUACAGUGAAAUGCAACCACAGUAAAGGACAUGAGAUUAAGCCCUGUACAGUUUCAUAUUGAUAUUUGCUAUAUUUUCUGCUCAUAUAUAUUACUAAAUUCAUUAUCUGUAAAUAAUAUAUGUAAAUGUGUAGUGGUUGUAAAUAGAUGACAUACUUUCUUUUUUAUCAAUGUUCCAAACAUACGUAAUUUGUAAUAAAAUGUGACUACAUGGUAGAAAGCAUUUAAUCGGGGCCUAACACCUCACAAA